AUGGAGAAUCUCCGCUACAUGCUACUCAAGCACGAUCCUUUGAAACCUGUUUACUUUGGCUGUCGUUUCCACGGUUUCAUGAGUGGAGGAGCAGGAUAUGUGCUGAGCCGUGAGGCGGUGACGAGACUAGUGGAGAAGGCAUUGCCGAAUCCCAAGUCCUGUCCUCUUCGGGGGGAAGCUGAAGAUGUGUCCAUCGCUUUCAAUCUCUUGUGCAUCCUGUUUAAGUUAGUUGCAAUACCUGAAUCAUUAUUGGACUCACGUGAUGAAUGUUUUCCAUUUUUCGGAAUAGGUGAGUGCCUGGCGGCAGUGGGAGUGGAAGCGGGCGAUUCCCGAGACGAGUUGGGUCGCUGGCGUUUCUUCCCUUUCACUCCAGAGACGCACCUCAACCCCAUUUUAGACAACCGUUACAACUGGUUCUUCAGAUUCACCCAUCACAAUUACACGGAAGGACCCGAGUGCUGUUCGGAUACUGCCAUCUCCUUCCAUUAUGUCUCCCCCAAUCUCAUGCACGCUCUGGAGUAUCUCGUCUACCACCUACAUCCAUAUGGCUUCCCCCUUCUCGCCCAGCAUGCUGAUGUUAUGACCAGCAAUCGCCCUGGCAGUUGA